CCUCCCACCUCCUCCAGACCCCCCCUGGAGCCUCACUGGAGGAGGAGGAGGAGGAGGAGGGAGGGACAGAAACAGGAGAAGAAGAAGAAGAAGAAGAAGGCGUCAGCGUCUCUUCAGUUCAUCUGUCCGGUCUGUCUGAGGAGGUUCAGGAGCUCAGCCUCACGAAGAGCUCACCAACAAACACACGGAGGCCACUCAGACGGAUGGAGGAGCCGCUUGAUUGGACGAACAGGAGGGACGGAGGCAGAUCGUCCAGACAGUCAGACCAGCAGACACCUCACGGAUUCACCGCUGAGUAUCACAGAGAAGAAGAAGAAGAAAAGCAGAAGUAAGAAAGGAGAAGAGAAGCAGAGCAACCAGACGGGCUUCUGUUGCUCUCUGUGCCACAGGAAGUUCUCCACCAAGUUGACUCUGAGGCGUCACCUGGGAACUCAUGGAGACGACAAACCCUUCACCUGUCCUACCUGUUCCUACAGCAGCAGACUGAAGGCCUCACUGCUGCAACACCUGAGGACGCACACAGGUGAGAAGCCGUACAGGUGUACAGAGUGUCCGUAUGCUUCAAUAGAUCGCAGCUCUCUGCUCAGACACAGUAGAACUCACAGUCGGGAGAAACCGUACAGGUGUCAACACUGUGACUACAGCAGUAUCCAGAAGAAGAGUUUGGAUCUUCACGCUCGGCGUCAUCACACCGGCGAGGCGUUUCCAUGCCAACAGUGUGAAUACUCGAGUCCGGACCGUCAGCUGCUGCUGAGACACGUCAGGAGACUCCACGCCUGUGACCUCACAGCUGAUGGGACACUUUGAUUUGAUGUUUUUUAUCUGCUGGAUUUUUACAUUAAAGUAAAACGUCUAACGGAACAUAAAAACUAAACUCUGUUGUUUAUAAAAUCAAAAUGUUUCCACUCUGACACAUUUAACGUUAAUUAACCCUUAAUUAACCCAUAACUAUCCCUUAAUUCAGUCUUAAUUACCCCAUAACUAUCCCUUAAUUAACCCAUAACUAUCCCCUAAUUAAGCCUUAAUUACCCCAUAACUAUCCCUUAAUUACCCCAUAACUAUCCCUUAAUUAACCCAUAACUAUCCCCUAAUUAAGCCUUAAUUAACCCUUCAUUAUCCCUUAAUUGUCCCUUGAUUAAUCGUUAACUAACAUGUAGUUAUCGCUUGUUGAUCCCUUUCUGAUUGGCUGUGAUUAUAACUGGACUCUGGUUGAGGUUUCUUUUACACCUUCACCUUCUUUAUGACCAACGUUAACACUUUCAUGUCCAGAUUUAUAGAGGACAUCUCAAAAGAGACAAUGCUGGCUAAUGCUAACAUAGUUUAUUAAAGAACAAAGUAUGAAGGUCCAGAUUUAUAAUGUAAAAUCAGUUUAUUAGUGAAUCCUCUUGACAAUGAGAGAAACCUUAUGGAGAGAACUGAUGAUCUAAAUCUGUGUUUUUUUAGCCAGAAAUGCUUCAUUGGUCCUUUAAUUUGAAAACUUAACCCCUUGAAUUCACCUUCAUGCAGCAGUAGACCUUUUGUUACACUAGCUGAUUCCUGGAGUGAACUUUUUAAAUCUGCAUCAUAUUUAGAAAGCUGCAGUUCGUCUGAUGAUGAUGAUUAAUAAUAAUUGAAUUCACCAUAAACAGACUCUGAUCCAGAUAUCAGAGACAUGGAUGAAUCCUGUUUUUGGGUGGAUGGUCAUCACGGUGACAUUUCUGUCACCUUUCUGCUGAUCAAUUGUUUGUUGACAGAAGGUUCUUCAGGCUGAUGGACUCCUGGUGCAUGGGGGCUGGUAUGCAAAUUGCAGAGGGUCCAGUGAGGAUUUGUCCUGCGGUCGGAGGUGGGCCAAGA